AUGGACGCAAACGCGGUGCCAGUACCCAUUGUUGAAGUCACCUGCUCGAAUGGGGAAUACCCAAUGGUGGAACCAUUGAGCGAUAAGGUGUCGGUAGGCGGGGUAGAGUUUGGGGAGUCGAUGGAGCGGAUGCACUCUAACACAACGGUGUCGUCGCCGACUGAACAAGCUCCGCGCCAAAUAUUCCCCCCUUCCAUUUCUCUUUUACCAAAACAAGCAUCUCUGCUUGUUUCAGGGAUACGGCGCCCUUCUUUUGUGCCUUCAAUCGACUUUCCCAACCAGGGCCGUGGGUGCAUGUCCGAGUUUGAUCUCAAGCCACCCGUUUGGGCAUACCAGCCGCUCAAGGCGCUGUACACGGUCUACUUUAUCCUAAUCACCGCCCUCAUUUAUCUUCCUUUUCAGGCGAUCGUCCAAAUGUUCCGCUCGAACCGCGGAAAUCCAGAUUGGUCCUGGAAACGGUCCAUGAUGGUGAGCUUUUUCCGCAGCUGUAUUGUGUAUAUUUGCAACACGCGCGUGAUUCUCACUAAGCAACCUCCCACCACGCCUCCCAAGCUGGAAAAGAGCGAGUUUGUAUGGCUUGAACCGAAAGAUCAUAUAAAUGUUGGGGUUGCUGCUCACCCCUCUAAAGAGUGUAGCGAUAUUCGUGGCGAGCUGUUGCGGGCCAUGAGAUUGCAGGGCGUGUCUUCAAAACGUAUUAGUGGAUACUGGUUUAGCACACCAGGAACGCAUAUCACCAUAUCCACGCCGCCUAGGGAAAACGAGUUUGUACUGUACCACUUACAUGGAGGCGCCUACUGGAUGGGUACAAGCCACGAAAACAGCCAGACGGCAGCGAUGGAUAUGGGUAUUUUGCAGCGUAUUGCCAAGGACGAAUCAGCAAAAGUCUUAUUGCAGCGUGCAUUUACGCUCGAGUAUCGAUUGGCAAACCAUACCGACCACACGCACGGAAGUUAUCCUGCUGCACUUGUGGAUGCGCUUGUCGGCUACUUGUACCUGACGCGGACGUGUGGCUUUGCGCCCAAAAAUGUCAUUUUCACGGGCGAUAGUUCUGGAGGGAACCUAGCGCUUGCAUUGUGCCGAUAUUUACGCGACGAAAAAGUCGCGCCGAUGCCCGGCUUCCUCUUGCUCAUUUCUCCUUGGUGUGAUGUGUCUCGCUCGCACAGUGGCCCUCUGCACGCCCCUAAUUCUUUUUCGUCUACGGUUAUGAACAAGGCCAGCGACAUUAUCGACUCUUCUUCCAAAUACCGGAAUACCGCUGUGAGUGCGCUGCUGGGCGCACUUCCCGCGCGCGAAGCCUACUUGAACCCAUACAUCUCUCCAGUCUCCCUUCACCUUGACUCCGAACACGGUGCAAAACCUCCAUUUUGGGGCUUCCUUGGCUUCCCGGAGCAUGUUUAUAUUUUGACGGGCAACUCGGAGCUCAAUACGGAGCAACACGUUACUUUAGCGCAUCGUAUGGCCCAGGGUACACAUCGUGGCCGCCCCGAGUACACUGGCGAUCGAACGAGCGAAGGAGGCGAUCUGCACGAGUACACUUGGCGGGACAACUUUCCUCGCUCCCACCAUGCGCUCAACCGCCAAACCUUGAACGAAGUACAAGGAUACGACAAUCCUGCGUUGGAAGACCGCGAUGUGGCCUUAGAUGAAUGCAAAACAGGCAUUCAUGUAUUUCCUCUUUUUUCUUGGUUCGAGCCCGAGCGAGGCCAAGCGCUGGACCGAAUAGUGCAAUGGAUUGAGCAGAAAGCGUUUCCUAGUUCUUAA